AUGACACAAUCGUUCGAAUCUCCACCUCCUACGACCAAGCACUACCUACUUUCCUUUCCCCGGCCGAAAGUGCUCUUGGUGACAAUCAACCGUGAAAAACACCGCAAUUCACUGCCAUCCGAUGCUCACUGGGAAGCCCAUGCGGUUUUCACUUGGUUCGAUCAUGAACCUUUGCUGCUGGUGGCUGUCGUUACCGGCGCAGGCGACAAGGCGUUUUGCGCCGGGCAGGACCUGAUUGAGCGCAAUUCGAACAAAGGGAGAGAACUUGAUACAGCGCAGCAGGCACUUUCAAACCAUCCCCCUACUGGCUUUAUGGGCAUCAGUCAGCGAAAGGGGAAGAAGCCGAUUCUAGCCGCCGUCAAUGGAUUUGCUCUAGGCGGAGGUUUUGAGAUCUGUCUCAACUGUGAUAUAAUUGUUGCCUCUCCCACUGCGCAAUUCGGUCUUCCCGAAGCUGCCGUGGGCCUCUAUGCCGCAGCUGGAGGGCUGCCACGACUCGUGCGGAUCUGUGGCAUGCCCUUGGCAUCCGAACUGGCAUUGACCUGUCGACGAUUGUCUGCGCAGGAAGCUCUUGACUUCGGCUUGAUCAACAAGAUCUCCAACGCACCAGGUACAGUGGUUGAAGAAUGUCUGGCCAUGGCGGAGAGGAUCACCGGAUUGUCGCCGGAUGCGAUCAUUAUCACGCGCCAGGGACUACGGGAAGCUUGGGAGAAUUCUAGCGUACAACAGGCUACAUCUAAGAUUCGCGAGGAAUAUGUGCAUCGGCUGCUGGAGGGAGAGAAUUUCAAGAUUGGAGUGGGAGCCUUCGCACGCAAAGCCACGCCGGAAUGGGUUCCUUCGAAGCUAUCGAAAAUGAUUCCAGUUAUCAUCGGUGUGGGCGAUGUGAGAAACAGGUCCACAAAGGUCGAAGAUGCCAAGGAACCCGCUCAAUUGAUGCUCGAAGCAAUCAAAAUUGCUCUAUCCGAUAGCCAAUGCCCUUCUGCCACUUCUCAGAAACUCAGGACGAGCAUUGAUAGCGUUAGUGUAGUCCAAACAUGGACUUGGCCGUACGCAGACCUUCCAGGCCUCCUGGCAGAGAAGCUGGGAGCGACACCGACAUACAAGCAUUGCUCUGAGCAUGGCGGGAACCAGCCUGGAAGGCUGGUGGAUGAAGCAGCUUUGCGAGUGGCCUCGGGAAAAAGCAGCGUGGCAGUCGUCACGGGUGGCGAGGCAUUGGCUUCUUUGGCGUUGUGUGUCAAGGCCCAGAAGCUCCCUCCACCAGGAUGGACAAAACCUGCGAUCCCAGUGGAAAAAGUCUUUGCACCAUCUGCUGACCGUUUCUCGAAGGACGGCCCGGAUGGCAUCCAUUCAUUCGGGUUACCCAUCCAUAUCUAUCCAUUGUAUGAGAAUGGAUUCCGUGCGUACCGUCGACAAUCGCUGAAGGACAAUCAUGACGAAUCUGCCCGACUGUAUGAACAGUUCAGCCAGGUGGCUGUGCAGCAUCCAUAUGCUUGGAAUUUUGGGUCUCAAGCAGAGACGUCCACGUCGAUCGGGACGGUCUCGCCGAGAAAUAGGAUGAUUUGUUCCCCAUACCCUCUGCUCAUGAACGCAUUUAACACGGUCAAUCUGGCUGCUGCUUGUGUCAUCACCACGAGGGAGUUUGCCAUUGAGCUGGGGAUUCCGAGACAUCGAUGGAUCUACCCACUCGGCGGUGCGGGUUCCACGGAUGCUGCUGAAUUCUGGAAACGCCCCAACUACUACUCUAGUCCAGCAAUCGCCAAAAGCCUCGAUGUCUGUUUAACGUCAUCCGGACUGACUCCCAAGGACAUUGACCUUUUUGAUUUCUACUCAUGUUUUCCGAUUGUGCCCAAAUUGGCCUGCCACCACUUGGGUCUUCCGCUUGUAAACUCUCCCGAGCCAAUUACCCUACUGGGUGGACUGACUUCCUUCGGAGGCGCUGGGAACAACUAUUCCAUGCAUGCAAUCACAGAGAUGGUUCGACAACUCCGGCAAGGCAAGGGUCGCCAUGGUCUGAUCCUGGCGAACGGAGGGAUCCUGACGUAUCAACACGCCCUUUGUCUCUCGACUGGGCCCAGAGGGGACGGAUCGUACCCGGAUAAUCGAGAAGACCCUCGUUUAGCGGCGACUGAACGGGUUCCACCCCUUUCGGCUGUUGCCGACGGAGAAGCCAUCAUCGAGGUAUGUGAAUGGUACCACCGGUUGGCUGAGAGUGGACUCACACUCUGCGAUUAUUUCCAGAUCUUGGCAUAUACGGUGGAGUUUGGACGCGAUGGACGGCCGUUCCGAGGUUGCAUUAUCGGUCAGCUGGUCAGCAAUGGGCACCGCUUUGUGGCAAACCAUGGUGAUACCGCGGCGUUGGUGACUCUUUCGUCCUCGACAGAGGAACAGGUUGGUAAGAAGGGUUAUGUCGUCUCUACUGAUGUAGGCAAUGGAAGAAGAAGGAACAUGUUCUUCUUUGGUCCCAAGCCUCUGCUGUAG